AUGAGGCCCGAAGAGAAGUUCAACCCGGUAAACGAGCAUAAUCAGCAUGAGCUGAUGGAGUGUGAGAGUGGUAACUGGGAUAGGAGAGAAGAAACUCGGUUUCGACGGCAAUCGAACUACAAGAAGCUCCAGCGUAUUGCAAUUUUAUCGCUCUCAUUAGCAUUUAUAUUCCACUAUGUCUACUCUGAGGCUUUCAACCUAUCACUUUUUGGAUUCACACACCCCUCUGUUCUGGUUCAGGUCCCAGUUCUACACUUUUCUGAGCCAACAGCAAAACGCAAUCUUCCGUUCGGCUUGUUCGUUGACGAUGAUAAGAUAUGGCAUAUUUAUUUUCAGUGUCAGUCAUGUACACUGAGACAGCAUUGUGCGUUUGGCACUACUCAUAGUAACUCGAGCUCUGUCGGAGGAACUGAUCGCACUGGAUGGGGUCAUGCGACGUCAUCCGACCUCUACACGUGGAGCAUGCAGCCAAUUGUCGCAGAAGAAGAAGGCUACGAUAGCUGUGGUGGUUCUGCUGUGAUUGACGAGAACAAUACCUCGGGAUUCUUCCCAAACCAAAGGAAUGGAGUUAUCAUGGUGUAUACACAAAUUCAUCAAGAGACGAAAACGAUCGAACAAGCUAUUGUAUAUUCAACUGAUGGGGGACAUACGUUCACAAAGUCCGCAGAGAACCACAUCCUCCUUUUCUCAGACGGAGAACCAGAGCUGCGGUAUCCAAAAGUGAUAUGGUAUGAGCCGACCGAAAGAUGGAUCAUGACAGUGACGAAAGGCAAUGCUACUACGAUCGGGAUCUAUACUUUCCCGAAUCUCAUUGACUGGAAUGCAGCCUCCGAGUUUACAGUCGGUGACCUCGUCGAUGGUGGCCACAGCUUUGAGUACUCAAACCUCAUCGCCAUACCGCGACUCAACUCGACAGGCGCAAGUAAUAAGAAUAGACCGAUUGUGCCAGGGGGAACGGUUAAGGAUCAUGGAGAUCACUUACUUAUGAUUUCCUCUAGCAGUGGUUCACCUCUCAAUGGAGGUUCAGUUACGCGCUACUUCCCAGGCAGAUUCAAUGGCACACAUUUUCAGCCGAUCAACCAUCGUACCGAUCGGUUCAUCGAUUUCGGACCUGAUAAUUAUGCGAGCCAAUUCUUCUUCGGGUUUCCGGCUGGAUCGCCAGUGGUCAGUCUUGGGCUCGCAGCAAAUCUCCGCGAGACCACGUCAUUGCCUCAAACGAGCAUUCUCAUAGGUCCGCGGGAGAGCUACCUCAUUUACGGCCCCAGCGAGGGAGACCUGUCAUACUUCAGUCGCCCUCUCAGCCUGGAUUCCCUUCGAGGAGAAACAAUAGCGAAUUUCUCCGCCUCGCAGCAAUUGGCAGACCAUGCGGUGCCUUACCAUGGCUCAGAAGCAGUCCUUGUGGAAGUGAGACUCGACAUGCAGCCUCCAGACGACGAGGUUGUGGAGCUCAAUUUGGACUUCACCUUUAGAUCGUCGAGGGGCCCUGAGGAUGAGUACAUCAUGUGUACCGCCGUUUUCAGAACUUGGGCAGCAGAUUUUGGAUGCGCUCGCAGUCGGGGAAUUGUAAAAUCAUCGAAUGACAUCUCUCCCCUCGACCAAAUGUCCAUUCGGGAAGUUCUACCCCUUCUUCCCUUCCACAAUCCGGCAGUUCGGAGAUGGGAAGUCCAGGCGAUCAUGGAUCGGUCUAUUUUAGAGCUUUAUCUCAAUGACGGAGUGGCAGCUGGGACAAUCACAUACAAUUCGAAAGAAUCCUUCGAUUUGGUUCACUUUCACAGCCGCAGCAUACCGGACUGGGUGACCUUAACCGUGACCGUACAGGAAUUGAGACCUGGGCAGAGUGUUCAGGAAAUGGUUUAA